UAAAACUUCAAUGGUAGGAAUAGGUGGCUUAUGCAGCGUGCGAGAAGCGCUCAUAUGAGCCAAUUUUUUUUAAAAAGGGAAUUCUACCAGCAAUGGAAAACUCAAAAUUCCAAAGCUUUACCUAGAGUUUAGGUGCCGGGGAACAUUCCAUCUCCGCAUCUAUAUUCCAUCCCUUGUCCCUUCGCUGAACCAUAACAGAGAUGCCAACUAUAACCCCAGAGAGCCCCAGGAGCAGAGGUCCCAGCCGCAGCAUAGCAACCGAACAUGGCGGCUGCGCAAGCGCCGCAGUCAGCUUCCAGGAGCGGCAGCGGCAGCGGCAGCGGCAGCAGCAGCAGCAACAGCGACGAUCUCGCGAGAGGCGAGGCCAAAAACCCUUCCCCGCUAGCACAAGGAGAAGUCGCAACAGUGGGAGCGCAGAGGGACAAGCAGUGAACCUUGGAGAACUUUCCACAUCACUACAAACUGAGUGAGCUCAUUCUCCCUGAAGCAUACAUCACUUUGCUGUUUGUGCCACCCUCAGCUCUCCGGUUGACUAUGAAGCUCAGGCUGCUGGGGAGGAUUGGCUGGAGAGGUGGCCCCUCCAGAGGGGAAGGUGGUCAGUGCUUUCUAACAUCUCUUGUAACUUCCAGAAUGUAUUCUGGGGAAAGAAAGCUUUUCCCUAAAUUGUACUCAGAGUGUAGGCUGAUUGUGUGAAAAUGCCUCGAUAGAGACUUUAGGUCUUCUGUUGAAUUUCCUCAGUAUCCCUUUUCCCUAGGGACUAAUAGGAAUGAUCGUCUGUAAGCUAACACCACAGCACUAAGAUAACACCACAGCCUAUCACUCCUCCCAGGUGAUACAUGUAUGACAGCCUGUGUGAAUUGCAGAAAAACACAUACUUUGAAGUAGAACUUCAAGUACAUCCUGGCUCUCAAAUGUUUUAUUUAUUUAAGUACAGGCCUCAGGAACACUCUAGAGGACCUCGGGAGGAGAGGUUUGCCUAGAUAGCUCCCAAGUAGAAACAUAGGAAAGAGUGGGCACAUCUCAGGGUGAUGGUUGUGAGACGGAGACGACAAGACUGGCGUAAAACUUGCAGUUUGAUUUCCUACUUAAACUAAUGUCUAGUUUCCCACUGUGUAAGUGCAGUUCCCCUCUGAUUUUUUGGACUGUUUUCACCAUCCUUUCCCACAGGGCAUGCAUCAAGGUAGAGAGAAAGCCUCCCCCUAGUCUGGUUCUGUCACUGCCUUGGCAUGUGAUGUUUCCUAAGUCCUGUAACCUAACUGGGAACCAGUGUCCUUAUCUAGGAAAUGAGGCCAGUAAAAUAGAUGCUUUUCUUUUUCUUAUAAAACCCAGGUGGGUCUGAAGGUCAGAUGAUUUUUAAGGUCCUUCCUGGCUUUAAAAUUCUAGGUUUCAUGACUAUGACCACCCACAAACCAUACAGAAAUUUUUUUUUUUAAGCCGCAGCUGAAUUUAGUUCUCUGAGAAAGAGGUGGUGGAAUUGCAUUACCCAGCUGGGUACUUCCUAUGUAAUCUGUUGUUUCCCUGACUCUUGUAGCUCUUUUCCUUCCAGAGCUUUCUGUGAGCCUGUACAUUGAGAGCAUCUAGCCUUGAUGGCUUGAGCUUUCUUUCUUCCACGAUUGCCACCACCCUGCCACUUAUCUCACUAGGAUAUCGUCCAAUUUAAUGCAUUGUAAUAAUUAUGUCUUAUAUGUAUAUAAGCUUUAACAGUGCACCAAGAAUGGUAUUUUAGAACACACAUGGGUUUUUUUUUAGCAAAACAUUGCCAGAGUUUGAAUUCUGCCUUGUAGCAGCUGCGAAUUUGGUUGCAAACACAAACUGUUUCUGGUUAACUUCAGCAGAGAAGGAAUUUAAGUGAGGAGCACAUUGAAUCAUGGGGCUGCUGGGAGGCCUUGGCUGGGGCAAGACAUAGAGGAAGACAGGCACAGUCCAGAGGCGGCCUCGAGAGCCACCAACUUGGGAGGAGCACUUGUCACUGCUGUUCACUGCCACCUCAUCUAAUCCCUAAAUGACCAUGUGCCUUGGCUUUUCUCCCUAAUGGGUCAAAGCUUUAAGCAACCAGAGAGUGGGAAGCUUCCCCUUCAGCUGGGUUUCUCUAGUGGGCAAUGGAAUCUUCCUUCUACUUAUUCUCAUGUUCCUCCCAAAUAAGAUGUACUGUAUAUCCACAAGUGGACAUCCAAUACAAAGAAAAAGAAACUUGAUGCUGACCUGACGUCGUUUACAAAGAUUAACUCAGGUUAGACCAUAGACCUAUAUAAGAUUGAAAACUGCACAGCUUCUAGAAGAAAGCAUAGAAUAAGUAUAUCUAGAUGCUAAGUAGCCAGAAUGACCAAUGUCCACCACAGGGUCCCACCACCUAGUACUCCUAGCUGUGUGACUUGGUCAGAUGAGGAGGAGGACAAUCCCUGUCUCCAGGCAGCUGCGUGGAUCCAGCGGGAGCAUGUGUAAACCCCUCAGCCUGGGCCCUGCGCUCUCUGUGCAGGGCUGUUCUCCUGAACUAACCUGGAGCGUGGACGUUCCUGAGCGUGUCCCAGCCUUCAGGUGUCCCUCUGCUAGGAGGUAAGGGUGCACUCUUGGAGGGGAUCGACCAUUUUGACACCUCUUGUCUUUUGCAGCUUUGAUAGCCCUGAGAUUCAAUCCUGCUUGGGAUAUAGUAGGUAUAGGGAGGGUAUUCUCAGGCAGGGAACUGGGAGAGAAGGUUGUGUGUGGGUCCUCGUGAGACAUGUCUAGGCACUCUGAAAAAUAUCUCAGUGAAACUUCUAUGAGGAAGUGCUGGAGGCCUGUGUCAGCAGGUGGGAGGCCCUGGUGACAUCUGUUCAUGUGGAUUCAUUUGUCCCUC